AUGGGACGAAAAAAAAUUCAAAUAUCGAAAAUUACGGAUGAACGUAAUCGUCAAGUGACAUUUACAAAACGAAAAUUUGGUUUAAUGAAAAAAGCUUAUGAAUUAAGUGUUCUAUGUGACUGUGAAAUAGCUUUAAUUAUAUUUAAUUCAUCAAAUAAACUCUUUCAAUAUGCAUCAACGGAUAUGGAUAAGAUUCUACUUAAAUAUACAGAAUAUAAUGAACCACAUGAAAGUCGAACAAACAAUGAUAUUGUACAGAUUCUUAAUAAGAAAGAAUCAAAACAUCUCGAUCAGAACGAUAGUGAUAAUGAUAUGGAAGAUGAAAGUGCUACUGAAAUGGAUAGUAAUCAUCCACUUCCAUCCCAUCAUCAAACACAUCAUCAACAUCAUUUAGAUAUACCAUUAAAUGAUUCUAAAAAACGAACAAAUAACGAUAUUCAAUCUCAUCAAGUUGGUAAUUAUCACACGACUUUAUCAAUGGUAAAUGGUAUUAAUCAGCAAACUCCACAACAGCAAAGUUAUCUAUUAGUACAUGGAACACCUGGAGUUGAUGCUUCAUCAUCACCAUCACCACAAUCGACAUAUUCACCACAAAGUUCUCCGAGUGAAUCGCGUACGAGUCCAAGCGUAACAAAUAAACAACAACAAUCAUCAUCAUCAAGUUUAAAUAAUAAAUUUUCAAUGAAUCCAAAUAGUGGAGCAACAUUAUCGUCUGCUUCAUCACGUGUCACAUCUCAUCAUAAUGAUUCGACAGGAGGGGGUGGAGUAACGACAAAUCGUCUCAGUGCUGAUUUUUCACUUAAUACAGCCAGUGGUGGCGGCGGUGGUGGUGGUGGUGGAAAUAUCGGUGCAAAUGAAAGUAAUAAUUUUCUUCCAUGGCAUACGUCGUCGCAUUCGUCCUUGGCAGCUGCCCUACAAAUGAACACGUUACCAUUAGGAAUGAUGAAUUAUGAUAUGCAACAAGCACUAUGUGGUCCUCCAUCCACAGUAAAUAAUAAUAAUUCAGCUCGUGCUAGUCCACAUUUAUAUCAUCAACAAUCACAUCAUCAUCAACAACAACAACAGCAACAACAACAACUUCUUCAUCUAUCUCAACAACAACAUCAUAAUCGUCUGAAAACUGAACCAUUUUCACCAUCUAUGCCACUUGGUACAGGGAAUAAUCGUUCUUCAACAUUAGAAACAAAUUCAGGUUCAAAUACAUCAUUAUCAAAAAAUUCAAAUCCUUCACAACAACAUCAAUCACUAGCAUUGCUACAACGAUCCAAUGAUUAUGCUCAGUCAUCAUGUCCUGAACCUUUACUCAAGCAUGCUCGUUUUGAUCAUACUGUUUGGCCUAAUACAAGUUAA